CAAAAGUUUCCUUUAACCGUGUAGCCUGAGCUCAUCGCCACCUUAUUUACAAUGCAGAUUGUGUACUACUAGAUGAUUUGGUUAAACCAUUUGCUGGUUAUAAAGGAGUGUGCAGAGGUACGUCUGGGAAUAUGAUGUGACAAGUCAGUAGUGACUGGAGGACUAGCAGGCUCAGAACAGGAUGUCCAUGCUCACCCCCAUUCUUAGUCCUGCGGACAUCAAGGCUUACCUGUCAAAGGGGGAGCGCUUCAUCAAGUGGGACGAUGAAUCAUCUAUGGCCUCUCCAGUAAUCCUACGAGUGGAACCAAAGGGAUAUUAUCUGUACUGGACUUUUCAAAGCAAGGAAACUGAAUUUUUGGACAUGGCCAGCAUUCGAGAUACAAGAUUUGGAAAAUUUGCAAAAGUACCAAAAAGCCAGAAGCUGAGAGAAGUUUUUAAUUUGGACUUUCCAGAGAACAACUUUCUUGCUAAAACGCUGACAGUUGUGUCUGGACCAGAUAUGGUUGACCUGACAUUCCAUAACUUUGUAUCUUAUAAGGAGAACGUGGGUAAGGACUGGGCUGCUGAUAUUUUUGCUAUAUCCAAAAACCCUUUGCUUACAAAUGGAUCUCGCUAUUCCUUCUAUGAGAAAAUACAUUUGAGGCUGAAACUUCAGCUCAACGCAGACGGAAAGAUUCCUGUACGUAAUAUUUUUCAGAUGUUUCCUGCAGACAGGAAACGAGUGGAAAAUGCAUUGCAAGCCUGUCAUCUACCCAAGGGAAAGAAUGAUGCUAUCAACCCAGAGGACUUCCCUCCAUCUGUCUAUAGAACAUUCCUUAUGCAUCUGUGUCCAAGGCCGGAGAUAGAUGAGAUCUUUACCUCCUACCACUCCAAAGCCAAACCCUACAUGACUAAAGACCAUCUCACUAAGUUUAUUAACAAGAAGCAGAGAGAUUCCCGACUCAAUGAACUUCUCUUCCCUCCAGCCAAGAUUGAGCAAGUUCAAGUCCUUAUUGAGAAAUAUGAGCCCAGUGCCAUUAAUAUACAGAGAGGGCAGCUGUCUCCAGAAGGAAUGGUUUGGUUCCUGUGUGGUUCUGAAAACAGUGUGGUGUCUCUAGAUAAAAUCCCAGUGAAUCAUGACAUGAUGCAGCCUCUCUCUCAUUAUUUUAUCAACUCAUCUCACAAUACCUACCUCACAGCUGGUCAGUUUUCAGGGGUCUCAUCUCCUGAAAUGUACAGACAGACUCUGCUGUCCGGCUGCCGCUGCGUAGAACUUGACUGCUGGAAAGGGAAACCACCUGAGGAGGAGCCAAUCAUCACCCACGGCUUCACUAUGACCACUGAGAUCCUCUUCAAGGAUGUGAUUGAAGCUAUUGCUGAGUCUGCCUUCAAAACCUCGCCGUACCCAGUGAUUCUUUCCUUUGAGAACCAUGUUGACUCAGCAAAACAACAGGCGAAGAUGGCUGAGUACUGCCGAUCAAUUUUUGGAGAAAUGCUUUUGACAGAGGUUUUGGACAAAUAUCCAUUAAAACCCGGAUCCCCGUUACCAAGUCCCGAGGAUUUGCUAGGGAAAAUCCUGAUAAAGAACAAGAAAAAUCAGUCUCUUUCAAACCAAGAGAAAAAGACGCAAAACAGUGAUCAGAGCAGUUUGGAGCAGACAAAUUCAGCCUCCAGUGAAAACUCAGAUGAGAUUCCAGAAGAGGAAGCAGGAAAAGAGGCUGAAAAUGAGGAGGUGCCUGAAAACCUCAAUGAGGAAGAAAUCAAACAAAUGCAGUCAGAUGAGGGUACAGCUGGUCAGGAGGCCACAGCCUAUGAAGAGAUGUCAAUCCUUGUCAACUACAUUCAGCCAAUUAAAUUUGACUCCUUUGAAGUUUCAACACAGAAGAACCAAAGUUACGUCAUUUCUUCUUUUGUGGAGACUAAAGCCUACGAUUUACUGACCAAGUUUCCAGUGCAGUUUGUAGAAUAUAAUAAAAGGCAAAUGAGCCGUAUUUAUCCGAAAGGAACCAGAAUGGAUUCCUCCAAUUAUAUGCCUCAAAUGUUCUGGAAUGCAGGCUGUCAGAUGGUGGCGCUAAACUUUCAAACUAUGGAUGUGCCAAUGCAGCAUAACAUGGCUAUCUUUGAGUUUAACGGCUUCAGCGGCUACCUUCUCAAACAUGAGUUCAUGCGACGGGCGGACAAGCAGUUUGAUCCUUUCACUGUUGACCGGAUUGAUGUGGUUGUGGCUAACACCCUUUCAAUUACAAUCAUAUCAGGACAGUUCCUUUCUGAUAAAAAUGUAAAAACAUACGUAGAAGUGGAGCUGUUUGGUCUUCCAGGAGACCCCAAGCGCAAAUACAAAACAAAAUUAACAGCAAUAGCAAACCCUAUUAACCCAUUGUGGAAAGAAGAGCCGUUUGUCUUUGAGAAGAUCCUUAUGCCAGAGCUGGCCUCACUGAGAGUAGUUGCCUUUGAGGAAGGAGGGAAGUUUAUUGGUCAUCGGAUAAUCCCUAUUGAUGUGAUACGCUCAGGGUACCACCACAUCUGCCUUCGUAGUGAGAGUAACAUGCCACUUACCAUGCCAUCCCUGUUUGUCUACGUGGAAGUUAAAGACUACGUCCCAGAUACAUGGGCAGACCUUACGCAUGCCCUCUCCAAUCCAAUCAAAUUCUUUAACGCUCAUGACAAGAAAUCCAUAAAGGUGAAGGAUGGGGAAUCAACAGGCAACCAGAUGUCCUGUACUGAUCAGGCCAAUGGUAUCACUAGCUAUGGGAGAACUUCCAAUUCAUCAGGGUCCAAUGGACCAGCAGGCUCUGUCACCAGCUGCACACAGGAUACAACUAAAGAAUCUACAGAUCUGCAAACUACAAACCAAGAUGAGCUGCAGAAACAAAAAAGUUUCCUGAAACUUCAGAAGAAGCAUGAGAAGGAGCUGAAGGAGAUUGAGCGUAAAGUGGCGAAACGUCGUGAGGACAUUCUACAGAAAUACUCCAGCACCUUCAGCGAGCUUCACAGCCAAGCAAACAAGAAAAAAAACAACUUAUGCAAGUCUCAGAAAAAGAAGAGAAGCAUACCGGAAGAUGAAUAUGGCUCAGUGUGGGGGGCUGGAGACAUCCCAGGCAAGGGGGAUCAUAAAAUUCUAGAGCUGAAGGAGAAACUGGAACAGGAACUGAGAGCUGUUGGAGAGGAACAGUAUGAAAAUAUGUGGAAGAAGAAGGAACAACAUUCAGCUGAGCAAACCACCAAGCUGCUGGAAUUGGCUCAGGAGAGACAGGCAGCUGAACUGAAAGCUCUGAAGGAUGCAGCUGAAAGUGACACUAAACAGAUGAAGAAGAAGCUGGAGAUAAAGAGGGUGGAGCGUCUGGAGACUAUGAGCAAGAACACAAUGGAGAGGGCCUCCCAAGAUAGGUUGAAGAAAGAAAUAAAUAAUUCACACAUCCAGGAGGUUGUGCAGGUUCUACAGAUGGUAUCAGACAAAUGGAGCAAUCACCAGCAGAAACUAGAGGAAAAACAAGCAGAGGGACUACGAAGGAUACGAGAAACAGGAGAGCAGACUCAAAAGGAAUUGCACAAUGAAUAUCAAGAGAAGCUGAAGGCUUUAGCCUCCGAGGUUCAAGACCUGGUUUAUAAUUGCAUGGUGACGUUGUUUCCUGUGGAGGCUAAAAUUGUUCAAAAGGAGCCAAAAAACUGUACAAAUGUGUGGGAAGCAAUGCUAAAAAAAGCUGACAAUGGAACAUCCUCAAACAGUCAAGUUAACCAGGCAGAUACAGAAGGAAAUAUUAUGGCUCUGGAAGAUCCGGCUCCAAGUAACAUAUCUGCCACUAUAGCCCUAGAACGAGAGGCAAAUGACAGUCCUUCUUCUGACGUGACGCCUACAAAUUAAGACUUGGUAAAGGUGCAAGAAAAGAAUGAAGACUUGCUGCAUUACACUUUUAAAAUAUGACCUUUUUAUCACCUCUGAUGAACUCCAUAUUAUUACAAAGACUGUUUGCUUUAUAAAAAAAAAAGACAUUAUUAGGAUCCAAUAGCAACUUUACACCAUAAUGUUUUAUAUAUUCCUGUUACUCAAUUAUUGAUGACACAGGCAAGCUAUUUGGAUAUUGCUACUCACCUGUAACCCAAAUGACAUUAAGUAGGCUGAUAUGCACUGUUUUAUAAUCAUCAUUUUGAGAAGCAUCCUGGACCCAUAUCAGUAUGUAAUAUCAGCAGAGGGUUCCACAGUUAAGAUAUAUUAUUGAAGUUAUGUGAGAUCAUACUCCAGCCAUCACUGACAACAGCGGUAUAGCCAGGUUCCAAAAGGAUCCAAAGGUUAGAGCUCAGCCAAAUACUUCCCUUGUCUUGUCUUCAUUCUUGUAUUUGCUGUUCCACAGACAGUGAUUGUACACUAGUAAAGCAUUAAGUUACUCACAAACAUCACAUUCAGCCUCUAAUAGCCCUGAAUGACAAACUAGUGGCUCUUGUCAUAGAGUGCCCAAGAGGGACUAGAAUUUUACUGCAUCCCAAUUUGAUCUUUUCAUUCUUUAGUCAUUGUGACUAAACAAUGCUCAAGAAGAUUGUUCAAUUCAAGUUAAAGGGACAGUCUAGUCAAAAUUAAACUUUCAUGAUUUAGAAAGAGCAUGCAAUUUUAAACAACUUUCCAAUUUACUUCUAUUAUCUAAUUUGCUCAAUUCUUUAGGUAUCCUUUGUUGAAGAAAUAGCAAUGCACAUGUGUGAGCCAAUCACACAAGGCCUUUAUGUGCAGCAACCAAUCAGCAACUACUGAGCAUAUCUAGAUAUGCUUUUCAGCAAGUGAUAU